CGAUCACCAAGGAGGAAUGAAGGUUCAAGAAUGUAGAGUACAGAGGGCGUGAUUUAAAGCUGUGUAUAAAUAACAUCCUCAGGCUCUUUAGUCAUUCUCACACCUGCUGGAAAUCAAACAGAUAUUCAAAUACUGCUGGACUACCUUUUUGAAGCAGCACCAAAGAAAAAACUAAACUUUCGUCUUCAUCUUGAAGUCUAAGCUUGCCGUCAUGGAACGCAACCCAUCUCAAACUUUGGUCACUGAGCGCAGAACGCAACUCUUCUCUUUUUUGGCGCUGCUGAACGCGUACAUUCCUGAGGCCUACCUCCUGAUGUCUGAGUGUCAAAAGAUCCUUGGACCACCUGAUCCCAUCCAUGGAGGCCCCCCCUUUGAAGAAAGAAUGGAGCCUUUUAUAGCCUCUAUCAAAACAUCCAGUCCAAGACCUGGAUGCGUAUGUAUGAUUAACCAAGAGGUUGCACAGGAAAGUGUGGAGGAACUAGCCAUUUCCAGGAGUGCUACAGUGGAGAAAUUUAUGCUCUCGCUUUGUAUAGAUCAGACCCAGCCACGUAUCCUCCAGUACGUCAAAGAUUUGCUUACAAAGAGAAAAUGUGGAGUAAAAGGUAGAGAGAAGUUCUCACGGCUGAUUGAAGAUAUACGGAAGGAAGAGAAGUUUUCCAACGCUUUGUCUGUCUUGGAAACGGCAUCAGAUAAAUUCAAAGAUAACAAGAUUUACCCCCAAACCAUUUCCCGUCUCUAUUACACCACAAGAGGCACCAGAGACUAUGGAAAAGCUGAAGAAUGGGCAAAGGAAUCCAUUAAAAGAGCUCCAAACAACUCUUUUGUGGCUGACACUCUUGGACAGAUUUAUAAGAACCGUUUGAUGAGGGUAACCACGCCACCGGAGGAUAUCUUACACAUGGCAAAAGAAGCCUUCAAGGCCUUUAAAGAUGUGGAGAGGAAAGCUGACAAAGAAGAGGACCCAAAAAUGAGGGACAUAGCUGGUACUGUAAGCUUUUCCAGUAUCUUCAACAACAGAGGCCUUUUUGGCUUCAUUCAAGUGGCAAAGAUCGCCCUUGAGAAACUCAACAAGGUACAAUGUUCUUCACAGAGACACAGCUUCAUCCAAAGGUUAGAAAUGGAAGUUGAAGCCAAGUUUGACUUUUUUGAAUGGUACCUAGCCUACUCCAAGCCUGCCAUGACAUCCGUAGAGCCACUUUACUUCUGGAAGGACGUCGUACUUUGUUACGAACUGUUCACAACAAAAACAGCAGCUGAAUCCACCAGCGUUCCAGCCCUACUAGAUUGUCUGAAUCGCGGCAGUUUCUCGUCAAAGGGAAGACGUGCUGGGUUUGAAGAGGCCGAAGAAACUGUGUCUGAUUUAGAGGCAAUCCAAGAGGAUUUGAAAACCGCCUACGAGGCGAAUGUUAACGAUGUCAAAGCAGCUGAGAGGUACAUCCUCUCCAACAUCAUCUUGAGCAACAAGAUGCGUAACUCUCCGAAGCUCACACUGGUGAAAGAACUCCAAAGAAUAAUUCACAGAUUCUUGGUCGCAGAAGAGAGGUGUAGAAGCCCUGAGUUUUACCUUUUGGUUCUGCUGUUGUUUUGGCCUGAGGAAAAGCCUCAAGAGUUGCAAGAAGAGGAUGAUGAAGGAGAACAGUCCACAGAGAAUGAAGACCAGAAUGAUGAGGACAGCGAUGAGGAACAAGAACAGUCCACAGAGGAUGAAGACCAGGAUGAUAAGGACAGCGAUGAGGAACAAGAACAGUCCACAGAGGAUGAAGACCAGGAUGAUGAGGACAACAAUGAGGAACAAGAAACAAGAGGAGAACCUGCACAACAAUCUGUUGACUUCAUGUUUAACCUUGACCUGCAAAAGUAUGUCACGUUCAUGGAGAAAGCGUUUGAGGGAGCUCGUGCCAAGUACCUUCGAGGCCGGUACCUUUUGCCUCUGUUUUUUCUGGGGAAGGGCUCUGGGCUGAGCAAAUGGAUUCACAAAUCCAGGUUGGAUGCAAUCAUAGAGGAAAAGGCGGACGCUAAUCUAGCUGAUGAACCAUAUACACAAAAUAAGAAGAAAUGGGGGCUGAUCAAUGAAAUGUGGAUCAAUGGGGAUGUGUGGCGAGUCUCAGAAAUUCAAGACAUUCUUCUCCCGGUCCGGAUAGACUCUACCACGAUGCCACAGAAGCAUGAUGAAGUGUUUGUUUGUGUUGGAGGGAAGCAAAUAGUGGCUACAGUAGAGGCUGAACCUGAUGCUUCAACGCUGAGCCCAAUGCUUUUCUAUCUUGGCUUCACCAUUAAGGGUCCUGUCCUCUAUAGAUGCUGAGAUAUUUCGGUCUGGACCAAAGUGGUGAGCUGACCGACAGACCAAUAUUGUUAUCCCUAGAGCCAACUUGUUAGUGUUGCUAAAAAAUAUUGUCUUUGGGACAGCAAGAUAUGGCCAAGAACCAUGUUGUUUUUUUACCAUACAGUACAAAUGUGUUAUUUUUGCCUAUU